CAGAAGAAACCGCACAGAUUUUGAAGGAAAAGCCCAUUCAAGCGAUUUUCUCAUCUCCGUUCUACCGGUGUCUUCAAACUGCCAAACCCACAGCUAAUGCCCUUGGAAUGAACAUCAAUGUUGAAUAUGGUAUUGGGUAAGUAACAGAAAUUUGGAAUGGUGGGAAUCAAAUGUAUCAAAUGAGGAAAUUUCUAAAUCCACAAUGUCGCAUAGUGAAUGGUAUGGCACUACCCGCUCCUUCUACCCGCUGCCAGCGUCUAUGGAUCGCCUGAAGGAGUUGUAUCCAGAAAUCGAUACUUCAUAUGUGCCUGUAUUGGCAGCUCCUACUGGAAUGGAAACUAUGAGGCAAGUGCACGAGCGUGUCCAAGCAGCAAUGGACAAACUGGUAGAGCAAUGCGACGCCAAGUACGAGCAAGUAGUUCUUUUUGGGCACGCAGCUAGCGUUAUUUGCGCCGUACGUGCCCUCCUUGAAGAUUGGAGCUUCUACGUCAACGCCGGCACAUGCAGCAUCUCAAAAUUAGAAAGAGAGGAGAAUGGAAAAUGGAAGUUGGUUCUCAAUGGCUCGACGGAUCAUCUGUCACAAGGCAAUCUUCGAAGUUGGAUGUUUGAAGGAGAUGUCCCAAGUUACGAGGUCCACCAAUGAAUGACCUCAUGUGUUCAGAUUCAUACGGUGUUACUUUGUCCUCCGACCCUUUAAAUAAUUUUGUGCUAGCUUGUCCUUUUCGGUUUGAAACCUCUUUAAAUUAGACAAUUUCUCCAUUUCAAUAAUGAAGUAUGUGGCCGUCUGUAAGGCCCUGUAUGAUUAUGACGCUCAAGCAGCCGAAGA